GGCCUCUCGGGCGGGGCCUGGGACUGGCAGCUCCGGAGGCCGCGGUUUCACAUCGGAAACAAAACAGCGGCUGCUCGGGAGGGCACCUCGAGCGGUCGGCGACGGCGUUGGGGAAGGGGCAGAAUCCUGAGAGGCUUAAUUUUCUGUGAGAAAGUAUUUCUGUACAGUUGCUCCAAUGACAGAGUUACCUGCACCCUUGUCCUACUUCCAGAAUGCACAGAUGUCUGAGGACAACCACCUGAGCAAUACUGUACGUAGCCAGAAUGACAUUAGAGAACGGCAAGAACACAGUGAUAGGCGGAGAGUUGGCAACCCUGAACCAUUGUCUAAUGGACGACCCCAGGGUAACACACGGCAGGUGGUGGAACAAGAUGAAGAAGAGGAUGAGGAGCUGACGUUGAAAUAUGGAGCCAAACAUGUGAUCAUGCUUUUUGUCCCUGUGACACUCUGCAUGGUGGUGGUUGUGGCUACCAUCAAAUCGGUCAGCUUUUAUACCCGGAAGGAUGGGCAGCUAAUCUAUACUCCAUUCACAGAAGACACCGAGACUGUGGGCCAGAGAGCCCUGAACUCAAUUCUGAAUGCUGCCAUCAUGAUAAGUGUCAUUGUCGUCAUGACCAUCCUCCUGGUGGUUCUGUAUAAAUACAGGUGCUAUAAGGUCAUCCAUGCCUGGCUUAUUAUCUCAUCUCUAUUGUUGCUGUUCUUUUUUUCAUUCAUUUACUUGGGGGAAGUAUUUAAAACCUAUAAUGUUGCUGUGGACUACAUUACUGUCGCACUGCUGAUCUGGAAUUUUGGGGUAGUGGGGAUGAUUUCCAUUCACUGGAAAGGCCCCCUGCGACUCCAGCAGGCGUAUCUCAUAAUGAUCAGUGCCCUCAUGGCCUUGGUGUUUAUCAAGUACCUCCCUGAGUGGACGGCAUGGCUCAUCUUGGCUGUGAUUUCAGUAUAUGAUUUAGUGGCUGUUUUGUGUCCAAAAGGUCCACUUCGUAUGUUGGUUGAAACAGCACAGGAGAGAAAUGAAACUCUCUUUCCAGCCCUCAUUUAUUCCUCAACAAUGGUGUGGUUGGUGAAUAUGGCAGAAGGAGACCCAGAAGCCCAAAGAAGAGUAUCCAAAAGCUCCAAGUAUAAUACACAAAGCACAGAAAGGGAGCCACAAGAUGCUGUUGCAGAGAAUGAUGACGGUGGCUUCAGUGAAGAGUGGGAAGCCCAGAGGGACAGUCAUCUAGGGCCCCAUCGCUCUACAGCUGAGUCACGAGCUGCUGUCCAGGAACUUUCCAGCAGCAUCCUAGCCAGUGAAGAUCCAGAGGAAAGGGGAGUAAAACUUGGCUUGGGAGAUUUCAUCUUCUACAGUGUUCUAGUUGGAAAAGCCUCAGCAACAGCCAGUGGAGACUGGAACACUACCAUCGCCUGUUUCGUAGCCAUAUUAAUUGGUUUGUGCCUUACACUGUUACUCCUCGCCAUUUUCAAGAAAGCGUUGCCAGCACUUCCCAUCUCCAUCACCUUUGGGCUCGUUUUCUACUUUGCCACAGAUUAUCUUGUGCAGCCCUUUAUGGACCAGUUAGCGUUUCAUCAGUUUUAUAUCUAGUGUAUUUCCAAGUAGAACCCCUUGGAUGUUUCUCCUUUGACUAAUAACAAAAUCUGGGGAGGACAGCGGUGAUUUUCCUGUGUCCACAUCUAACAAAGUCAAGAUUCCUGACAGGACUUUUGCAGCUUUCUUCCAAGUCUGUCUGACCAUCUGCACUACUGGACAUUGGAGAGAGUGUCCACAGAAAAUGGUGUUGAGCCUGUUUCUUCACAGUGAACUAUGUCCCUCGGUGCAUAAACUCCCAGAUGUGAGGGACCAGAACAAAGAAACCUGAUGGGCCAAGAAGUUGCUGUGCCCCACCAGCAGUUUGACCCUUGGUCGAGGGAGAUUUUACUUCCACACGGACACUCAGGACUACCAUUGCCAAGCGGUGAAAUGAAGUGGUUUCAACCAAACAGAACUCUUCCUCUUAAACUCCUUGUUGCAAAUCAACCUAAUAAAUCUGUGUUCAUUGAAUUCUGAA